GGGUCCAUUUAUGCUUUUUGCCUUUUUUAUUUUUAUUUGGGUGCUUUAAAUUCUUUGUUCUUAUGCUUGGCUCUUGUUCACAUGCCUAUUAACUACCGAAACAAGACUCAUAAGCUUACUACUUAUUUUAUGUUUUUUUCUGUAGCAGAGCAGCUUUUGCUUUAUUUAUCUUUUCUUUAUCUUUCUUUCUCUUUUAUUUAGUGGAAGAUUAUGUGUGAUUAUCUAUAAGAUAUUGGCAUCCUUUCACAUGAUUACAUCUCAAUACUUAUGUUGGAUUUGAAUUAGGUUAGAUUAAUUAUAAUCCAGGUUAGUCAUUAAUUAUUAUCCCAUUCCAUCACAGUUGACCCUUUUGAAGAUUUAAUCCACAAGCUAAGCUAUAGGAUCUCAACACUUAGAUUAAGUUCUGCUCCUAUUUCUUAGGACCAAAAUCAAAAUGCCUUCCAACUACACCAACUACUACUCCUCCUCCUCCUCCUCCUCAUUAUAAGGGCUACUGGCAAUCCACAAAUGAAAAAGGACAUUUCUUUAAGACAAAACAAGUAUUGAGCAGCAAGUCUGUUAGUACAUACAUUCGACCCAAAGAAAAGUUUCAGAGAAGAAACAGGACAGGACUAUGAAUGAGUUUGGUUCUGAAAGAUCAAAGCCCUGGAACAUAUACACAAGUUCAGACCCUACCCCAUCUCAGACGGGAGUCAUAGACCGUGAAGCUCCAUGGAAAAAUUUCGGAACAUCAAUGAAUGCAAUUGCGUUUGGUUUUGUUGCAACAGCUAUACUAAUAUCAAUGUUCUUGAUCAUGGCCAUCUUCGAGCAUCUCUUUAGGCCAAACCCUUCAUUUUCUUCCCCUCAAGAAGUCACAACAACGGACAGGUCCCUGGAAUCAGGACCUGCAGACAAGCUUGGAAAUCCACAGACAGUGACAACCUCUUACGCAUCAGAUUUUUCUGUAGUGAUGCCUGGACACCACUAUCCAACAUACAUAGCUCAACCGGCUCCUCUUCCUGUUCCAUGUCCAAGGGAAGGGAUUUAUUGGCCUUCACAUGAACAUAACAAUCUUGUAUUUCCUUAAAUUUAGUAUGCUAUAUUUAUAUGUAUACUUUCAUUAUGUGCACCAGAAAGAAUUGCUGUUUAUAGUAUAAUUAUACAGAAUGCCUCAUCACUUCUACACUCA